UUAUUCUAAAUUGUCUGAAUUAAAGCAGUAUAUGUAGGCAUCUAGAUAUGCCACUAUACAUAUUAAUCUUAAAUAUUUUUAUUUUUCAAAUUGCAAAUGGACUUUCAAGUAAACUGAUUGAUUCCUACGCCCCUGAAGAUAUCUAUGGAGAAAGCUAUCCCUAUGACACCGAACCUUUUAACGGAACCAGCAGAUGGACUAACAGCUCAGCCAUUGGAGAGGAUUAUGCCGGACUACUGGGUGCAGGAGAAACCUAUGAUGAUGGUAAUGGAGGGGAUGGAGAUACGUGUUUUUCUGAUGAUCAAUGUCUGGCUAAGUACAGUGAAGUGUCAAGUCCUGAAGAUAUGAGUAUGCUAGGAUGUAAACAUAACAGAUGUGAUUUCUGUAAAAACGAGGCUUACCAGUGCACAGAACCUGAUUCACAGUGCAAGUAA